AAUAUACACACACACACAUACACAGACACUCACACACACCCUCUCUCUGUCUGAUGGCCUCCGAGUGCAGCAGGUCAGAGAGCCUUUCCUCCGUCCCCGACUCCGAGUAGCAGAUGAACACUGACGCCAGUAUGUGGGAGGAAAACUUUGACACUGAGAAUCAUGGAGUGGGCAGGAAGAGAGAUUAUUCCCCGGUGUCAUGGAGCGAAUACUUUGAGAUGAUGGACGACGUGGUGGUGGGAUCGGCAGAAAGCAAGGACGUGUUCCGUGUGUAUAAAAGUGGGCAGGACGGUCCACUGCUGGUGCUGCUACAUGGAGGAGGACACUCAGCCCUGUCCUGGGCUGUCUUUACUGCCGCCAUGACUGGUAGAGUCACCUGUCGGGUUCUGGCCAUGGAUCUACGAGGACACGGUGCUACUCAAGUCCGGCAUGCUGAUGAUCUCUCCACCCAGACUAUGUCCAGAGACGUUGCCAACGUGGUGCGAGCCACAUACGGGGAAGUCCCGCCCCCUAUCAUCCUGGUGGGUCAUAGCAUGGGCGGAGCCAUAGCAGUGCAUGCAGCCAGUGGAAGUCUGCUGCCCUCAGUGGUGGGCCUGGUUGUUAUCGAUGUCGUGGAGGGGAGUGCCAUGGAUGUGCUUCACAGCAUGCAGAACUUCCUGAAAGGACGACCCCGAUCCUUCAAAUCCAUCGAUCACGCCAUCGAAUGGAGUGUUAAAAGUGGGCAGAUCAGAAACCUGGAAUCAGCCAAAGUAUCAAUGGUGGGCCAAGUGAGGAGGUGUGAGGUGGAGGACGGAGACUCAGCUGAGCAGGUGAGCCCGGUGACGGAGAGCGUCGCUGAGGGUCAUGAAGAGUUUUAUGACCUGAACUACGUCACUGACAAAGCAGAGAGCACAGCAUCGGAGCCCUCCAGUGUGUACAGUUGGAGAAUCGACUUGUCUAAAGCGGAAAAGUACUGGGACGGCUGGUUCAGAGGAAUCUCCAACCUGUUCCUGGGCUGUAACGUGCCCAAACUGCUGCUGCUCGCAGGUAUCGAUCGACUGGACAGAGACUUAACCAUCGGCCAAAUGCAAGGUAAAUUCAUGAUGCAGGUGCUGCCCCCUUGUGGUCAUGCCGUGCAUGAGGACACACCAGACAAGGUGGCUGAUGCUCUCGCUAGCUUCAUGACUAGACACAAGUUUGCUGAGGCUCGCAGUGAAACCAAGAGCUCCUCGUACCCCUUCAUGCGGUGAACUCCAGCAGAGCGUCUGAGUGCCAGCGGGUGUCGUCUCCAUGGCGCUCUCUCGAGGCGAGGCAGAAAACCUCACACAGCCAGCAGUCUUCUUCUCAUCACCAUUAUGAUCAUGACUUUCAGUUGUGCUUCUACAUGCCACUCUUUACUUUACUGCUUCUUCUUCUUCCGGAUAUUACGUCUUCUUUUUCUUCUUUUGUGUGUGUGAUGCAUGUAACGGCAGCAUAGCGUAUCAGCAUCAAUAUCUGAAUUAAUAUGAUGGCAUUUCAGUGGGAAUGAAAAGCUUUACUGAAAAAUCACAAUAAAAUGGAUUCAUAUUCAAUUCA